AUGCUCCUUGAUGAGCUUCCAACGACCAAUCCAAGCCUCGCUGAUGAGAUAAUGGCACCACGGAAGCAACCAACCAAUGGUGGUGACAAUUCCGACCCCGUUGGACAUGAAGAUGAGUUUACGGCUACUCCAGAUGAUGACGUCGAUGUUGAGGUCGAUGAAGUGUUCGAGCACAUGGAUGGAAGGACGGUCCCUGAUGGUUUGGAAGUGAAACACGGUGGCCUUCAGGCCGCUUCAACAUGCGCUGAAGAAGCUGAGGCUGAGGGGCUCGGGGAGGUCUCAUUUCUCCCUUCAUCUAGUCCUGAACAGGACCUGGGCCGUGGAAUGCGAGUGAGGCGAGCGCGUAACUUAGAGCAGCAAAUGGCUAUUUUUCAUUUUUGA